AUGAUUUUGAUGUCAUUUCUAAAUGGAACGAAAAUAAUAUGGGGAAGAAGAAAAGAAAAGCCGUUCCUGUUGGGCAUUUUUAAGAAUGGGAAACACGUUGGGAAAGCUUUCACCUCCUCGAGUGGCCACACGUCAAAAGGGGUCUCGGAAAAUGUGGACGGCAAGGAGAGGUUCAUCCAACUGCGGCAUUCGGACAGCGCUACCAGGUACCAGGCCAACGGAAUAAUGAAGACAAACAAUUGGCCGAAGAAAAAAAUCUCAAAAAAGAAAAACGAACUUUACAUUUUCCUAAAAAAAACAGGCAACAAAAAGGUAGACUUUCACCAACUAAAUAUUGCGCUAACGAAGAAGAUAGGGGAAAUGCAAAACUUUAAUGAAGUGUAUAAAUUGAUUUAUUACAACAAAGACAUUUUAGUUCCCCUAAAUUACGUUGUGUGUGUUUAUAGAAUGUACAAACUGGCAAAGCAGAAAGAGUGCAGGAUAGUGAAUUACGAGAUGCACAUAAAUAGCCGUAUCAUUGGUGUAAGCAUAGAUGAGCUCUGUCGGAUGGCCGCCCUGGAUGAAGUGAACGAGUAUGGGGAGCUAAGUCAGAGGUUGGCUAUGCAAGGGGGGGAAAGCACCUCGAUCAGAAGCAGCUAUGGAAGCGGAGAAGGGAGCGAUUUCCCCAAAAAGGAAAGAAACGUGCAUAUGAUGAAUGGACAGGAAAAACCACGCUAUCUCUGCCUCGACUACAAAAACGACAUACUACAACAUAUGGUGGACCAAAUAAACAAAAACUAUUUCGUGAAAAAGUUAACCUACAGACACUUAUCAAACCUGCUGUUUGCACUGAUAAACUUAAAAUAUUACGACAUCGCAACAUACUUGAUUUAUGCCAAGCAUAUAAUCAGCAUGUAUGUCCACCUGUCAUCUCAGGCCAUCGCAAAUGUUACCUAUUCGUAUGCUUUACUUUUUAGUUUCUACUCCAUCGAUUUUACAACAUGUUAUGAAAAUUAUGUAUAUAAAUAUUACAUACCUACGGGGGAAGGCACAUCGGCAGCGCUACAACAUGACCCCAUAAACUUGAUGUUUUUGCUGCUCAGCCGGUGGAUGUGCAUGAAGGCUAUCACGCACAUUAAUGCAAAUUGUAAAGGAAAGUACGACGUGGAUAGUUUUUACAGAGGCGUUUUAUCAAACACGGAAGAACUAAAUGAAAAGGAAAAAAAAUAUCACUCACAAUUUAGCUGCGAAAAUCCCAAACAUGGAGAUAAAUUUUUUUUUCAAGAAUUUUUUAUCUUCCUAUGGAGUAUGUCCAAAUUGAAAAUUAACAACAUUUACAUCGACUUGAUGCUCCAUACGGUUCACCAAAGUAGGAAGUAUGUUUUUGCAAAGUUUAACGAAAAGGAUAUAUGUAAUUUUAUUCAGUCCGUGUGCACUUACUAUCCGAUGAAAAAAUUGAGUCAAACGUGCAAUUCUAGUGGGAAUGCUUCUUACGCCGUUUCUCUUGGGAGUGAAGACUCGUUUAUCAAUUUGGACUAUGAUGCCUUUUUGAGGAGUGCCCUCCUGUGUACUAUCUUCCAUUUGAACAAAUGCAGUUAUCAGCACUACGCGAUUAUUUUCAAGUGCCUUCGGAAUUUGCAAAACAUGGGUGAUACCCAUAACUCGGAGGGGGGAACAACUUGGGAUGAUCCCAUGUCUUAUUCGUUACCAUGUGGAAGCAGAAGUGACGCUCACUCGUCAGAGCCACGUAAACCAGAUUAUUCUUCAGAAGAUUAUUUAGUAAAUAAAAAGGGGGAAGAAACACGCCCGUUAUAUUUUCCCCAAACGAACUCUGUACAAAAUAUUUUAAAAAAGUUAGCAAACGUUGCUGUAAAAAAUUUACUCACAAAACUUACAAGUCGAAGUGAUGACAUUUUUUACCAUGUGAACUACUACAAGGGAAAUUCGGCCCUAAACUUACAACAUUUGUCUGUAUACCUUUACAAUUUAUGCCUCAUGAGUGAAUUUUACGUGGAAGACAAGGCAAGGAGGGAACUGACCCAACGGCUAAUUUGCAUUUUGGAGAAAGGAAUAAAACGUGUGCAUUCCUUUGACAGGAACAACGCAAAUGUAAAAUUGGAAGAUAAUUUUUUGCAACAGAGUUAUGACAACUUGGUCUGUCUAAGCAAUAUCAACUACGCGUUAAAUAAAAAUAACAUUACCAACGAAUCAUUAGUCAUACAAUCAGCUGUACAUUUUUUCAAAAUGUAUCACGUGUUUUACAAGGCGUACAAAAAUACCGAAAGGACUGCACCCUUUUUUAAUUUUCUCGACAAAAUAAAUGAAAGAGUAUUAUCCAUUUUUAAUUGGACAUUUUCACACACAGGGGUGGCCUUCAUGCCAUUAUUCUCUUUAAUCAAUUACCAUUAUUUGUACCUUCUAUAUGUGAAAGACGCCCCCAAUAUGUUUGUCCUUUUAAAGAAAAUAUUACUACCAAUGACGAUAUACAAUAAUGUCACCCUCUACCAACUGCGCCUCAUUUUGAAGCUUUUAAUAAAUUACUACAUGUCUCACGUGGUCAAUAAAACGGAAGGUGCAACUAAUCACUUGGACCACCUGGAUUGUACCCACGAUGAUGUGCUCACUUGUAUGUACAGCUUAUCUUUAAUAAUAACAAAUAUCACGCAUAACAUACGGAGUGAGAAACUCCCCACGCAAGGGAACACCAAACCGAACGGUGACAAAAGUGACUACGUCUAUUUUUACAUAAACGUGGCGCGCACCUUGUUAAGAAGUUACUUCUAUCACUUGUACAGUUUAAACGUAGGAAAUAUAAAAAAGCACAUUUUGUGUCCCUCCCCAAGUGAAGACAACCUUAUGAAAUUUUACACCUUCUAUUUAUUUGUAAAAAUUAAUAUGAAUAAACAUGUGCACUAUGAUAGGAAUGUUGUGAAGAAAUUCGUAAGCUCCAGUGGGGUACCCAAAAAGGGGUUUUACUUUUUGGAAAAGUUACUUACGUCAUUUCCAGGGCAGAACAGUGGCAGUUGGGGACACACAGAAGGUCAGUAUGACGAUUCAUUUGCACACACCUAUUUGGAAAUAAGCGAAGGGGAACAAAUGAGGAACAGCUCGGGGAAGGGAGCGAUCGACGAAGAGCUAAAUGAAGAGACCCCCACAGUUGACAAUUACCCCAAUGAAGGAAACCACGCUCAAAUGAAAGGAGAUAAGAACAAGGAUGUGCUUCCACUGUACGCAAACCAUAUUGACAACAGAAAUUAUUCCCCCAGGGAAAAUCUUGGAAUUUUUUAUUUAAUACAAAAAAGCAUUCACCCGAACGAAAUAAAAAUGAAUAAAAGAAGCCUUCUGUUUUUAAAACAGCAGGAUUUAUCGCAAAUUUUAUUUAACCCGGGCAUUGAUAACGAAUUGAGAAAAGUGGGGGAGCGAGUCCUUUUAACGUUUAAAAAAAUAGAAAGCUCCAAAUCGCAUAUAAAGAUAUAUAACUAUAUAAAACAUAUUUACGAAAAGAAAAAGAACGGCAGACAGGAAACAUUCCCUAUACAAAACGAAUACGUAGUAAAUAAGAACAACUCUCUUUUUGUGGUAGACAUUUAUGAUAAAAACACAAACACCAUAUUUGAAAUCGACGGAAUUAGUCACUACACAAAACAGUGUAUACCAAACAAAUCCAUGGACUCCUUUAGCUUUUUUUACAAUUAUAAAUCUUAUUAUAUUUUUAAGCACUUAAUUUUAAGGGAAAAUUAUAACAUUGUGCAUCUGCCUCUGCAUGACAGCAAGUUGUGCCGGAGCAUAAUUUGCGACUACUAUAAGACAAGCGAAAAUGGUUAA